AUCACAACACAUCCUCCCAGCUGAUAAGCUGGUCUUUAUAGUAUUCAAGAAACGCAGCAAUCCUUCGAAACGUUCGAGCAGGACCCUCCCUGUCCUUUAGGCCUAAUACCAGUCCAUAUACGACCACUGAUCCGAUUCAGCCUCUUGCUCCUCUCCGAACUCCACCAUCCUCACCAGGCCCAAGGGGGUCGAUGUCCCAAUGCCUGUUUCCGACCUCGGCAACACCGGCGCUCGAUUUUCAUCACCAACCCAGGUACCGUCAUGCCAAGCCAUGCAAUGUAUUCAGCGAAGGGAUGAAGAAGACAAGAGUAGGGAUGACCUGCAAUGUCAUCAGAAGCAAGCGAUCCUCCUGUGAUACGCGGAAACGCUCCGGGCUGACUAGUCCGAACACACAUGCCCGGCUAGGGACAGAGGAAGAGACAUUUCUUACCAUUUCUUUGGUAUCGCCUUAUUGUCUUGGGCUUGCCAUUUACAAUCAUUCGAUUUGCUUUACGCGUGGUCUUUGUCUAACGGCGAUGUCUAACAAACUGGAUUGCAGUCCGAACACACAUGCCCGGCUAGGGACAGAGGAAGCGACAUUUCUUACCAUUUCUUUGGUAUCGCCUUAUUGUCUUGGGCUUGCCAUUUACAAUCAUUCGGUUUGCUUUACGCGUGGUCUUUGUCUAACGGCAAUGUCUAACAAACUGGAUUGCUAAGGGCCAAUCAGCCGCCGUGUGUUUCAACCAAAUAAGACACCUCGUGAUUGUCUACAAUUGUGAUCCAACAUAGGGAAAGGCUAUAAAUAUGU